GCCGGCGCGCGACAUCCGGCUGGGGGACGUGCUGGUCUGUCUUCCGGACGGCGAGAGCGCGGGACUGGUUACAUAUGAUCUGGGCAAGGAGACGGAAGUUGUGUUCGAACCGCUUCGACAGUACACUUUGUUCCUGCUCAAGUUGUCUUAGCUCAUUGAACUCAAAUGGCGGACAGCCUAAAAUUCCUUGCAGGUGUUGCUACUUUGCCGCCCAGAAGAAGGCGUAACUUGAUCCUCAGUCUUCAAUCCUCAGUCUUCAAUCCUCAGUCUUCAGUCUUCAAUCCUCAGUCUUUAGUCAUCAAUCCUCAAUCCUCAGUCUUCAAUCCUCAGUCCUCAGUCUUCAGUCCUCAGUCCUCAGUCUUCAGUCCUCAGUCUUCAAUCCUCAAUCCUCAGUCUUCAGUCUUCAAUCCUCAGUCCUCAGUCUUCAGUCUUCAAUCCUCCGUCCUCAGUCUUCAGUCUUCAGUCAUCGUCUUCAGUCUUCAGUCUUCAGUCUUCAGUCUUCAGUCAUCGUCUUCAGUCUUCAGUCUUCAGUCAUCAAUCCUCACUCUUUGAUGAGAAUGCGAGAGUUUGAUUCUCAUUAUAGCCCUUUUAUUGCUCUUUGGCUUGACGCGGAACAAAAAUACUCUGAGAAGGACAUCAAGAAGGCUUUCAGACAAGCAUCCCUGCAUUGCCAUCCAGACAGACGGCGUAUAGUCGAUGUAAAACUAGACAGAUGGCCUACGGCCUACUAUUACU